AGACGUUUGGAUUACGCAGUACUUUCACCUGCCUCUUACUCUAGUCCCGCCCUUUGUGAAAAUGACCAGCGCAUGAACGCGAGGUGUUGUCUUCUACUGUUGGGAGCAAUAGAAAAACGGGGUCGACUUCGCCACUUCUCAUGACAUCACCAGUUGGCGGGUUGAAAUGGAUCUCCUAAUGGAUGUUCCGGGGUGGUAGGAGGCAAUUAACAAGUUGUUUUCUCUGUUGUGGCCCGAUCGCGUUUCGAGAGGCUCUUGGUCGGUUCCCAAAAAGGCCGUGUGGGUUUCUGCUACCCGAGCCCCGCCCCAUUCAGCCCACUUCACUAGAGUGGCCCCCAUGCGUGGAAAAUACGACCAGGAAGAGAGCGAGAGAGAGUCUGGUUCUACCCCGGCCCGGCGCUCUGCACACCCGGCCCACCAGUUGGAGUACUACGCGUGGAGGUGAAUAGGGGCUUGUCAAAGAGCGAGAUUAGCCAGGUUGAUAACGCAGGCAGAGUGUUUGUAUGUGGCCGGUUGUAAACCACUCGGAGAGGGUGUGUGGUGGCAGGUCUCUGCUGGACGUGACGCACGCUGAGAAGACACCGUCCGAACCGCUCCUCACGAGCGUGACAGCCUGAAGGAACGAUCCGGUUACAGGUGACAUCAGCGCCGGAGUAUGGGGGACUAGUAGUACGGGCUAGGUACAACGGGACUAGCACCUUUUAACAGUUACGGACACAACAGGGGUGCAAGGGGUGCACAACGCGGGGACAUUUCACCGGCGGGACCGUUAUGUUGCUACAAAACAUGGACGACGGGCUAGCGCGGGAAAUCAGGGAGUUGGAGACUAAGAUGGGCAAAAUUCCCACAAGCCUGCUCAAUUCCUUUAAGGAAUCCAACAAGGAGGAGGAGGAAGAGGGGGGAGGGGUUGAAGUCGGUCGCGAGGAAACUUUAGUAGAAGGAGGGGACCGUGAGAAGGAAGGAGUGAAUGAGAAGCAACAGGGAGGACAGGAAAAGCCUUCUUCGCCAAUCGACAAGCAGCUUAGUUUCGUCAAAGCAGAACUGAAACAAAUCCGCCAGGCGGACAUCCGGCUGAUGCACACCUUUCUGGCCGUGAACGAGGGGAUAGAGGAACUGAAGUGGCUGAUGGACAACUCCCUUCACACGCCCACCAGCAGCAUGUGUUCCUCCCUAGCCAGUCUUGUGGACAGUCGGGACGUCCUCAACACCAUCUCCGAGGAAGGCGCGGGGUUUUCCCCGGAAUCCCCCAUGAGGAUCCGGCGGAACAGCGAUCCUGGGUGCCGUGGGGGAGAUCACGAUCAUGAUCACGACCAGAGCUCGGCCAGAUCACAACAAAGGCGCGAAUCUGACCAAACUGCGAGGACGAUCAAAUUCGGCGACAUCUCGCCGCAACAACUGCCGAGAAAAAUAAGAUACGGACUCUCCUCGCCCGGCACAUCGCAUCGUAGGCUGGACCCGUCUUCUCAAGCCGCUCCUUUUGAUAAGUACUUGAUGCCAAACGGCUCAGUGUCGACUGGAAAUACAAAAUGUAAGGACCUUGCGUCGGCAGGUACAGUAGCACAGGGGACAGAGGACAACUGGACGCUUCUUGUGUAGAUAUGUAAGAAAACAACGAUAGAAAUAGUAACCAUGUAGUUAUAUAUAUCCAUAUGAAAAUAUUGUACAGGGAAAAGACGGAGUAACCAGCGGUAUCUUCAAUAUGUUUUGAACGGUCACGCUACACAAUGCAAAUACAACGCAAAUGAAUUAUCUAUGUCACUGUGUGAACAUCUAUUGAGCCAACACAGACAACUGCUGCUAUUCAGAUGAAAUCUUUAGGAAUCCAUGAAUCCAAUCACUGAGUUUCACCACCACAAAUAACAUGCUACAAUUUAUGUGUUUGUUUAAGCCAGGAAUCUAAGAAAAAUCGAUAAAAGUAUCAAGAGCACUCUUUUCUACCCAUGAUAUCAGAUUAGCCGAUGUAUAUGCUUUCAUAAUUCAUCAUUUUUAAAACGGAGCAAUUUAGAAGUAUACUUAAAUAGUAUUAAGUAAACUGCAAGACCAUAUUAGA